GGUCUCCAAAGCACCACCAAGUUGGAUCACGAAUCACGCGUGGUACUCCCGAAAUUACAGUACCUAAUUUACAGCCUUUCCAGUUACCUACCUAGGCAGUGAGGAGUGGGGUUGUCAUAUAUUCGAUUGUCGGUACGGUACGGUACGGUACAAGCAAGAAAACACAAGAUAUUGCAAGUAAUAAAUAGGCGAGCUUGACAUUUUAGUGGAAAGAAUUAGAAAGACAGGUCCGUGUAGAGGGGAAAGUGGAGAGGUUGACAAUGGAAGUGAAGAAAGCCAGGUGUAUUACAGUACAAUACAAGGAUUCGAGGGAGCACCUUAGAAUUACCUUACCUCGUGCGUGGGCAAGUCGGCAAAGUUAGGUUCUAGAGGGGUGGGGUGGCUGGGAGGGUAAAGGUCCUACAGUAAAGGAGGCUGAGCAGAAGUUUAAAGGCAAGGAGAUUCCCGUACCCGAAUUCUGGGGUGGAUUAAGGAUUAAGGUACUUUCGUACCUUAAGCUAAGGUAGAGAUGAUGUGGGGAGUUUUAGCACGGGAGGGGAGAGGGACAGUCGGACAGUAGAUUAUAUGAUAUGAUCGCUUUUAGCAUGUUAAGCUGGAAGAGGGACGGGUGGUUGGAAGAUAGAUACCUUAGGUUGAGCCCCUAGGGCCUAGGGGCAAGAGUACCUAGGUAGGUACUUCGUACAGGUACCUGUGCUGUCUGUACCUUAGUGUCACAAUCACAAUCGGAAGGGUCACGCGUGUCUUACAGUAGCCCUGUGGCUCGGCAGCCUCUCUCCCUCUCUCUUGACUUCUACAGUAUCCCUUUUCUGUCUUCCUGUUUACUCCUCAAUUUCACUUUCUGCCCUGCCCACGGUCAACUUUUUUUCUACCAUGACCCUGCCGUGCGCGACACUAUUGCGACAACAGGACCACAGGACAGCAGCGCUCUACUCGUAAUCCGUGUCCCAGCCAUGGCUAUCAUGCCUGAUGACAAAGAGCCAGCCUCGUCGUCGACCCCGCCGACCAAAUACUCUAGAUACAGACGCCAGGCCGUCAAGCCAGAGCCAGAACCCGAGCCUGUACCAGUACAAAACCCCAACAAUGACUUCGCGCGCUCGAAAAGCAUGUCUAGAUACCGACGCUCAGUCGUACCUGCGAAAGCUGCGCAAAUCGCAGACUCCUCGAAUCCUCCAGUCCCAGCUCUGCCAAGGGCGCUGAACACAAAUGGCGCAGAUGUCAGAACUCCUGUCAGACAGGUCACGGAACCGGCGAAUAAUGGCCGUAUAGAAGAGCGACAGGGGGGAAAUAAUGGCAGAUCACAAGGGCGACCACGCGAGACCGAGGAGGAGCGCAUGCGCCGAAAAGUCAAGGAAUUCCAGGAGCGCGAGGAACAGCAGCGCAAGGUUCAAGCAGCAAAAGAUGAGCAGGAACGAUUGCGAAAGCAGCGGCGGGAGGAAGAAGAGCUGCAGAGGAUGGCAGAGGAGGAACCUGAGAGACUGCUAGCUGAGCAGAAGCGCAAAGAUUUGGAACGACUCCAAGCCGAAUUGGAUGCUGCUCCCCCGCCUCUACCAGCGUGUGUGGCAAGUCCAAAGAAGGAGAAGUUUGCCUUCUUCUCGAGGAAGAGGGCCGCGACGAAGACUACACCUCCCACAACUUCUGGAAGUGGAUCCGGGACGAAUUCGAUGUCGAAGUCGCGGAGUCAUGAGCCACCGAGAAGUACUGAGGUUUCAAGGAGUACAGAUUUACCCAGAGGAAUUGAGCAAGGUGGUGGUGGGAUUGUGCCUCAAACAGAUGCGCCGAUAUCCGCCUCCAAUGCUGGAGAACGGAGAGUUCUUAUCCGGUGCAUGCAAUCCUCCAUCAACCUUCCCAUUACCCCCGAAACUACACCUGUCGAUAUCAUAUACUCUUCUGCAAACAUCAUGUCACAAAAUAUCAUUCCAUCUACGGCUAUUCUACUCGAAUCUUAUACACAACUCGGUCUGGAACGGCGAGUACGGCGUUACGAACAUAUUCGAGACAUCAUGAAUUCUUGGGACCGGGAUACCCAAAACGCUUUGCUACUCAUCAACUCAGACUCUCCAAAUUUCGACAAAGAUCUCGAGCCUUCUUCAAUUCCUAAAGCGGCCCCAGCAAGUGUAACAGUCCUAAUGUACCAUUCCCAGAAACCUGGCAAAUGGAGCAAGAGAUAUGUCACAUUACUUUCUUCGGGCCAAAUGUACACAGCCAAAAAGGCUGGUGCCAAAAUGUCAGAUAAAGAUGUGUUGAGCAUAUGCCAUUUAUCUGAUUUUGAUAUAUACACUCCUACUGCUCAACAGACACGAAAGGUUCUCAAGCCUCCCAAGAAGUACUGCUACGCAGUCAAAAGUCAGCAGAAGACAACCAUGUUCCUCAGUACCGAGAACUUUGUUCAUUUCUUCAGCUCGGACGAUCUUUCCAUAGCGGAAAAGUUCUACGACGCAGUUCAAAACUGGCGAAGUUGGUACCUCGUAAACAAAAUGGGCGAGGGCAAGAAGGUCGAAAACAAGAAAAUCCUGGAACUCACCGAGCGUGGACGAACAGGAAACAAGGCCGGUCAUGCAGUCAAAGUCUCCGUCGACGAAAAUCCCUACACUAUCGGCUCCUUCCAACCUUUGAUGGAUCUGAAUCGCUUCAACAACGGCUCUGACGAAUACGAUUCAGAAGAAGAGAACAUGCCCCGACAGAUCCCCUUCCACCUCCGUAACAGUGUUUCCCUCUCCCCGCGUGAGAGUCGCCGCCAUCCACCACCCGUAUCCUACAAACUCCCACCCGAAGCAGAGGACGAAUUCGCGUCCUCUGGUCUCCUCGGUCGCACCUACUCGCAACGUCUGAAAGUCUCAAAAGAACGCGAGGAAAAACAAGGCCCCUUCAUCGAAGGCCCAUCACUCCUCAACGGUCCCGGUCCAGGCCAUCAACGUACCCUCUCCGUGAAAUCCACCAAAGCUGGAAAACGCCCACAGACUUCCGGGGCCGCAGGAAACGGCGGUGGCGACUUACAGCGUGGACCAAGCCAGAAGAUCCCGAAGCCGCUCCUGGAUUUCACGCCGACUUUUCAAGAGCCGCCGCAGUGGGAUCGCAAGGGGAAGGGACAUGGCGUUGUGCCUGUGGAGGGGGUGCCGCUGGUUGAGAUUGCUACGACGCCUGAGAGUGGCAUGCCGGAGAUCCCGAGGAGUGGGACGGUGUUUAGGAGGGAUGCGAGGCCGGCUACUAGUUCUGGGGCGUUCGUGAAGGGAGGUUUGGUUACAGGUGGUGCUGGUGCUGGAGGGAUGAUGAAUAGAGGGAGGGCGAAUCAUGAUUGAUGGGUUUGAGUUUCUUUGUGAAGCUGAAGCUGCAGAGCAGAGCUGAAAGCAUCCGUCGCUGUAUCGUCUUUUUUGUUGCAUUGCGUGGAUUGUAAAAUGGGGUAGGCGGGAAAUGGUGGUGUUGUCUGUAUAAUUUUCUGUUGUUUCCUAACUUUUAAACCAAGACCUGAGUUACGACCGGGGUUAUCGAUUCAGCGAGUGUCAUCUUGGGUCUGGGUCGUUUCUUUAUAUACCAUUUAGUUCUCUUCAAUAAUCUUUUUGAUUCUAGGCCGCUAGUUCUGGUGCGAUGCGAGUUGUUGGCCUCCUCUAAUACUGUCUCUUCUUGUUCUGUGUUUAUACCCAGGCUCCUGUAUUUCAAUGCUCACAAGCAAGUAUUUAGAGGACGUGAGAUCCUUGUUCAUCUAAGCUCGGGCGAAAGUCAUCUCUUGGUUGAAAUUUGAGCGUAGAGAGGAGAGGGAGAUGCUAGUCGUCACCAACUUUUCCAAAUCUCAAAUCUUCUGAACAAGGUGGAACUCUUUCUAAGCGACGAUUGCUUUUGUUUUGGCAAUGUGACUCUCGCCGGGAAGACGCGACGGAAGCGACGGAAGCGAGGAAAGCUUGUUGUUUUUGAGGCCGCGGAGCUGGCUGUAGUUUGUUGAUUGGACAAGUCAUGAUGGAUGAGGAUGAGAUCUGAUUCCGGCCGCUGCGGAGACUAUUCAAGACUUGAUUGUUAAUUCUUGGGGCGUCGGAACGCUGGGGUGCCAUUGAGCGCUUAAGAUUGGGACCGUCCUUUUGUUGACGUUUAGUCGGAUAGAGAGGUGUGCAGUAGCUAUCUUUGUUGCUAAUGGACAUAUCAUCACCGGCAUAGCGUCUAUGGUCGGGACCACUUUCCCUUCCAGCAUAGGAAUCACCAUACACCUGAAGAACGUCAAACUCGAGAUUAAUGCUGAAGAGCGGAGGGAGACUGACUUGAGGAUGAUACUUCUCGGCUUCUGUCAUCAAUCUCUCUUUGAGCCUUGUUGUUCCUUUUUACAAGCCACCUCUACUACGACUUGUACCAGAAGCUAAAGCCGAACCCUUCUUACGAGAACAAGGAGCUGCCACACCACUCUCUAACAUAUCAUCAUCUCCCUCCUCUUCUUCCUCCUCAUCACAAUUGUUAUCGUCUACUAUAAACCCGCCCAACGUACUCUUCGGCGGCAAGCGUACCCCUCUCUCCCUCUUCUUCUUCAUACUACUCCUGUCCUUGUAGGUCGGACUCUUCUGACUCGGAUCCCAAUCCAAUUUACUCUUAUCGUACUCAUAACUGUUCUUCGUGGCCUUCAGCAUGCAGGCCUGGCAGUAUUACAAGGUGCAGUUGUUGUAGCGUUGAAGAACUUUAUGCUUCUUGGUGUGACAGCCGUCGCAUUUGGCGGAGUGGAUGUAGAUCAGGUUACAGGUGUAGUGAGAUUUUGUUAGUAGCAGAGGCAGGGUACCACUGAGAGAUUUGGAAGUGUUAGAGGAAUUAGGAGAAGGGUUGAGAUCGGAGUUCAGAUUGAGGCUGCUGCCCAUUGGUGGAGGCGGGAGGGGACUAGUGUCGUCGUGAAUUGUGUGUUAGGACAUGGCGAGCGUGUAUUCAGGGUUCUUGUUGUCUGCUAUUAUGCUUUGAAGGGAGCAGAAAAUAAUCGAGACAAAUUCAGAGCGUUUGUUGUAGUUAUCGAGGAAGUUUUGGAGAGACGAGAUUACCAAAGUCGAAGAAGGGAACCAUUUGUAGACUGGCCGAGUGACUCCCUUUAACUAAAUAUAAUAAACGACUGUGAUUCACAGACAUUCAAAUCACUUGUUAUUAGCUCUUGAAAAUCAGCGUCCGUGAAUCAGAGUGGAACUCGGAUAGUGAACGAGAUCAUAAUCCCAAAACAAAAGCGAUAUCGCUGUGGGUUUUUUUUGUUUUUGAUUUAAAGACACAGAAGAUCGGACGGCUUGGAUAUCAAGACUAGCUGUAUAUGAGUAUUUUCUGGGCAUAUUUCAGCAAAAGUAAGGUUUCUGUGUCAUAAUUACAGUUGCAUAAGGA